GUACGCUAUCAUCGCUCCACGGUUCCGCGUCUUGGGUACCAAUCGGCACAACAACCUCCGACCAGUGCAGACGCACGGUCCCUUCGCCGCAUUUCAGAGCUUACAUAUUAACUCGAAGCAUGUCAAGAAUCACGGAGAACGCAGACUGUGACGACUGUAACUAUCCCGCCCACGGGGGAAAUGACACGGGAUCGCGCGUGCAUUCCAUCAUGGAUGAGGACGACGAACUUCUGAGAUACAUUUGGACCGAUUACUUACACCCAAAGGAGUACGAGUGGGUUCUAAUAGUGGCUUACAUAGUUGUGUUCUUUGUCUCAUUGAUCGGAAACUCGCUUGUUUGCUUUGCAGUGUGGAAAAAUCGUCACAUGCGCACAGUGACCAACUACUUCAUAGUAAACCUCUCCCUGGCUGAUGUGCUGGUCACCAUCAUUUGUCUGCCUGCAAGUCUUGUGGUUGACAUCACAGAGACUUGGUUUUUUGGUGAAACUCUUUGCAAAAUUGUCCCCUAUCUCCAGACCAUCUCUGUUUCAGUGUCCGUUUUGACACUGAGCUGUAUUGCUCAAGACCGUUGGUACGCUAUCUGUCACCCGCUUAAGUUCAAGAGCACAGCCAAGAGGGCUCGCAAAAGUAUCAUUGCCAUCUGGGUGGUGUCGUGCAUCAUCAUGAUACCACAAGCCAUUGUGAUGGAGUGCAGCAGCCUACUGCCUGAACUUACAAACAAAACCAGCCUGUUCACAGUCUGUGAUGAACACUGGGGAGCUGAUGUCUACCCUAAAGUCUACCACACUGGCUUCUUCAUUGUCACAUAUUUUGCUCCAUUAUGUCUGAUGGUCCUGGCUUAUAUUCAGAUUUUUCACAAGCUGUGGUGCCAACAGAUUCCUGGAAACACAUCGGUGAUUCAGAGGAAUUGGAGAACUAUCCAGUGCUCGGCUCCAAGUUCAGGAUCAGGAGAGUCUGGAGCGGUGAAGACGAGCACAGUUUCCGCUGAGAUCAAACAAAUCAGAGCCAGACGCAAAACGGCUCGCAUGCUGAUGGUUGUGCUCUUUGUGUUUGCUCUCUGCUACUUACCAAUCAGUGUGCUCAAUAUCCUCAAACGGGUUUUUGGGACCUUCAAGAACACGAACGACCGAGAAACAAUCUAUGCAUGGUUCACCUUUUCACACUGGCUAAUAUAUGCAAACAGUGCAGCAAAUCCUAUCAUCUAUAAUUUUUUGAGUGGGAAGUUCCGUGAGGAGUUUAAAUCAGCAUUUUCUUGCUCUUGUUACGGGCAACAGAAAGACAACAAUACAAGGAUGAGGACGCGAGCAAACAGAGACAGCCGAAAGUCCAUGUCAACCCAAGUUAAUAAUGUGGACAACUUAUCACGGCUAUCAGACCAGAUUGUAUAGAUUUUAAAUACAUGUGAGAGGUUUAAAUAUCCAUCUCAAGGACAUGGAGAUAGCAAACAGUCACACUGAAGAAUGUAAAAACUCUCUAAGGACUUGCUAGAAAAGAGUAAAUGGGAUAUUAGUGAACAUUUUCAAAGAGCUUUCAAAAAAUCUGUUUAAUUUUAAAAGAUGGAUUUCUAUAAACUGUAAAUGACGCAACAUUAAUGUUCAGUGGUUUUUUUGCUACACAUAUAAAUAAGAUCCACUUUUUUCCAUAUUAAAACUGUGUUGACUUUAAAAAUAUAUUUUGUUUCAGCAAUCAAUGUAUUUAUUUAUUUACUUAUUUAAUUAUUUAUUCUACUCUAGUGGAAAAGUUGUGGCUGAAAAGAUAAAGUCCCUUGCUGCUCAGAGAACCUCAAUGAGUUUUGAUGGUAAAUGACUGCAGAUGUGAGAUAAGAUUGCAUGAAAAUAUGGAAAGAAUGUAAAGGUAAUAAAUAAUUAAAAUUCUCAAAUUGCAGUAUUAGUGGUGGUGGUAAACUUACUUGACUUACUUUGUUAACAGCAAUACUAAAGUUCACCUUUUAGCCAGAACAUGCAAACCGCAGAAGUCAGAUUUUUGAAUCUUAAACUAUGUAAAAAGUCAAUUUCAUACUUUAUGGAAAGAAUAUUUUGUGUGGAUGCUUCAGGGGAUUUUAAGGUAGUCUUAUUAACUUACUUUGUGAGCAUUAGAAUGUAUCCUCCAGAAAAGUAUGUCAGGCUGCUAAGGAAAGAAAAAAAAAAAUUGGAAGGUGGUUAGACAACAUAAACCAAAGACUUCAUCAAAACCAGGGACAAGGUAUGAAGGUCAUGUCUAAACAUUUUAAUUUGAUCCCAAACCUACUAAGACAUGGCAGUUUAUUUAAAUUUACAUAGGUCCAGAUUGUGUAGAGCAUUAUGAUUAUUAUUUAUAAAUUUUUCAAAUUGUUCCAUGGUAAAAGACGUUUUCUGUCAGAAAACGUUUUACAAAAAUUAGUGUAAAAAAUCAAAUGAAGGAUUGAUUGUCAUGCAUGAUUGUUUUGUUCUGGGGAUACUACACAAAUUCACAAAAUAAUGAAAUGAAUUAUUGCUUAUUCAAUGUCAUUCAUAAUUGCAAUCACUGAAUCUGUUGAAAUGUCAACAGGUUACAACAACCAUGCUGUAAUCAAAGAAAACAAAUAUGAAAAUUAGCUUCAAAGGACCUGCUUUUGUCUGUUCAGUGACAUAUCCUGGACCGUGUUUCUGUAAUUGAGGACAAUAUUGACAUUUUUUGUUUGUUAUUAAUGUGAUUAUUUUGCAAUGUUAAAGUUAUAGGUUAGAAAAAAUAAUUUAACAUUUUGAUCAUCUGAUUGAAAAUGAUCAAGUUUUGAUGUUACUGCUAAAAAAAGUUUGCAAUAUUUUGAAGUCUUAGUGAGUUGAGCUUCAUUUAUUUAAACAAAUUAUUUUUGCUUCUUCCAUGCAGAUGUACAUUGUUACUUGGUUUGAAAUGUGUCUUGUUUUUGUUUCUUAUGGUUUGUAAUCUGUACAGGGAUAUUGUGAUUGUUAAUUUGUUCUAUGGGUUUUUAAACAUUCCUCAUCCCAAUUGACAACUGCAAUCAAAGUGUACACUGUAUGUGAUUGAUCAAUAAAUUAUUUUUUCACUGUGCAAUA